UCUCUCUAUCUGCCUUUCUUUAAGGGGGUCUGUCAAAAUCCCACAACUUCAUUCCAGUUCCAAACCUGGUACUGGCCUGGAACUACUUCUGGGAAUUGUCUUGUAUUUGUAUUCUUCCGCCACGCAGACAGAGCCAGGAUGCCUGAGCCUGUAAAGAAAUCAGUGUUUACCAAAAAGCCAAAAUCGGAGGAGGUCUCGGUGGGAGCAACGGUUACGUUUGUGGCAGAGACCGAUAAACCUGGUCUGAAGGUGAAAUGGCAGCGGGACAAUGUCGACAUCGCUGCAAAUGAGAGAUUUGCCAUAAAGUCCGAGGGCAAGCAGCACUCACUGACCAUCAGCAAUGCCAUCGUGGAGGAUGAAGUGGUCUAUGCCAUCAUCGUGGGAACCUCUAAGGUCAAGUUUGAGCUAAAAGUCAAAGAACAAGAAAAAACGGAGGAGGCUCCUGCCCCAGCUUCAGAUCCAGCUCCAGCUGCUCCUGAAGCUUCUGAAACACCUGCCCCUCCAGCCGCUGACGGCUCAGCUCCACCUCCCACUGAAGCUGCUGGUGGGGAGGCUAAACCCCCAGAGCCUUCUGAAGCUACUGCUACUCAACCAGAACCCCCUAAGGAUGAAAUUGGACUAUUCCUGGAAAGACCAAAGGACGGAGAAGUCACUGUUGGUGCAAAUAUCAAGUUUACAGUCAGAAUCGCCGGCGCUAAUUUGAUUAAGAAGCCCGUAGUCAAAUGGUUUAAAGGCAAAUGGAUGGACCUGACCAGCAAAGUUGGCAAACAUUUGCAGCUCCAAGAGAGUUAUGACAGGAACACCAAGAUAUACACCUUUGAGAUACAGAUAAUAGGGGCAAAAACCACCUAUGCAGGGGGUUACCGAUGUGAGGUUUCCUCAAAAGACAAGUUUGACAGCUGCAAUUUCAACCUAGCUGUUCACGAGGCCUCUACAUCAGGAGAGGUAGACAUUCGCGCAGCAUUCAGGCGCACGAGCCUUGUAGGAGCAGCAAAAAGAAGAAUAUCCAUUGCCACCAGUGGGGACGGAGCCGACGAAGCAGGGGAACUGGAUUUCAGUGCGUUGCUCAAAAAGAGAGAUAAUGAGCCCAAGCAGGGCAUUGACCUCGAUGUGGAUGUGUGGGAUAUCCUCAAGAAAGCACCCCCCACUGAAUAUGAGAAGAUCGCCUUCCAGUAUGGUAUCACUGACUUGAGGGGCCUCCUGAAACGGCUCAAGAAGAUGAAGAAGGAGGAGAAGAAGAGUGAAGCUUUCCUGAAGAAGAUGGACCCUGCAUACCAAAUAGACAAAGGUCAGAAGAUGAAGCUGGUCGUAGAAGUGGCCAACCCAAAUGCAGAGGUCAAAUGGCUGAAAAAUGGCCAGGAGAUCAGAGUCAGUGGAAGCAAGUACAUAUUUGAGAGUAUUGGGAACAAGAGGAUUCUCACCAUCAAUAACUGCUCCCUGGCAGAUGACGCUGCCUAUACGUGUGUGAUCGGAGAGGAGAAGUGCGGUACUGAGCUGUUUGUGAAAGAGCCUCCCGUUCAGAUCCUUCAACCCUUGGAAGAUCAGAUGGUGAUGGUGGGAGAGAGAGUGGAGUUUGUGUGUGAAGUGUCCGAGGAAGGAGCACAAGUAAAAUGGGAGAAAGAUGGUGUGGAGCUGACCAGAGAGGAAACAUUCAAGUAUCGGUUUAAAAAGGAUGGUAAGAAGCAUUAUCUGAUCAUCAAUGAGACAACGCUGGAAGAUGGGGGCAACUACAAAGUCAAAACCAAUGGAGGAGAGUCAUUGGCUGAGCUGAUGGUACAAGAGAAACAGCUGGAAGUCCUACAAGACGUGGCCGAUUUGACUGUUCGGGCCAAGGAACAAGCCGUCUUCAAGUGUGAGGUCUCGGAUGAGACAGUGACAGGAAUCUGGGUGAAGAAUGGAAAGGAAGUCAUUGCCAACAACAGAAUCAAGAUCACACAUAUUGGAAGGGUGCACAAGCUGACCAUCGAUGAUGUUGUACCGCAGGAUGAAGGAGACUAUUCCUUUAUCCCUAAUGGAUUUGCCUUCAGCCUUUCAGCAAAACUACACUUCAUGGAGGUGAAGAUUGACUUUGUUCCGAGGCAAGAGCCCCCCAAGAUCAAACUGGACUGCAUGUCACAGUGUGCCGACACCAUCAUUGUCGUUGCUGGCAACAAAUUACGCCUUGACGUCCCAAUAACUGGGGAUCCGGCCCCCACUGUUAUCUGGAUGAAGGGGGAUAAGGUAAUUGAGCAGACCAAGGUCAGGACUGAAACUGAGACUCAACACAACUUAUACCGAGAUGUGGAUCUAAUUUCAGAGGUUGAUGGCAGAGUCCACGUGGAGACACACCAAGACCAUUGUGUGUUCAUUAUUGAGGGAGCAGAGAAAUCAGAUGAAGGUGCCUACACCGUAGUGGUGAAGAAUGAAGCUGGAGAGGACAAAGCUAACAUCAAUGUAAAGGUUAUUGAGGUCCCAGAUCCACCCGAGUCCCCCAGGAUAUCAAACAUUGGUGAAGAUUUUUGCACAGUAAAUUGGGAUCCACCCAAGUAUGAUGGAGGUCAACCAGUCUUGGGCUAUAUCUUGGAGAGGAAGAAAAAGAAGAGUUACCGCUGGAUGCGCCUGAAUUACGACCUGGUCAAGGAAUUAACCUACGAAUCUAAGAGGAUGAUUGAGGGAGUAAUAUAUGAGAUGCGCAUAUAUGCUGUAAAUUCUAUUGGCAUGUCCCUCCCCAGUCAACCUUCACAGCCCUUCAUGCCUAUUGCUCCCACCAGCGAGCCCACCAUGCUGGUGGUGGAUGAUGUUAGUGACACCACCAUAAGCUUAAAAUGGAGACCCCCAGAGCGCAUUGGCGCAGGAGGACUCGAUGGCUACACUGUGGAAUACUGCAAGGAAGGGUCCACAGAGUGGGUCCAGGCAUUGCAAGGCCUCACAGAGAGAACCUCAGUCAUGAUCCGUGACCUCCCAACUGGAGAGAAACUCACCUUCAGAGUGCGAGCUAUCAAUCUGGCAGGACCCAGUGAGCCAUGUACCAUGAAAGAACCUGUAACCAUCCGUGAAAUCAUGCAACGUCCAAAGAUCUGGCUCCCACGAUAUCUGAGACAAAGACUGAUCAAGAAAGUUGGGGAAACAGUGAACAUAGUUAUUCCCUUCCAGGGUAAGCCACGCCCAGUGGUGACCUGGCUGAAAGAUGGGCAGCCUGUUGACCCGAAACAAGUCGGAAUCCGCAACAGCGAAGCUGACACCAUCUUGUUCAUACGAAAAGCAGAGCGAGAUCUCUCUGGAGAAUAUAAGGUUCAAAUCCAGAUUGAGAACUGCGAGGACUCAGCCACCAUCCACAUCCAAAUCGUGGAUAAGCCCAGUGCCCCUCAGAGCAUAAAGAUUGUAGAAAUCUGGGGAUUCAAUGUGGCACUGGAAUGGACUCCUCCCAAAGAUGAUGGAAACACGGAAAUUACCGGAUAUACAGUCCAGAAAGCAGAUAAAAAGACCAUGGAAUGGUUCACAGUCUUCGAGCACUACCGGCGAACUCACUGCGUGGUGUCAGAUCUGAUCAUGGGCAACGAGUAUUUCUUCCGCGUGUUCAGUGAGAACAUGUGCGGCCUGAGUGAGAAACCUUGCACUUCAAAGAACAGCGCCUAUAUCCAGAAAACCGGAACUGCCUACAAACCUCCAAGUUACAAAGAUCAGGAGCUUGAGGAGGCCCCUAAAUUUACUCACCCACUGAAUGACCGCUCUGUUGUCGCUGGGUAUAACGCCACCCUCAGCUGUGCUGUACGAGGAAUACCCAAGCCCAAGGUUACAUGGUACAAGAACAAGAUGGACCUUUCCAUGGAGGCUCGGUAUCGCUCAUUCAGUAAGCAGGGGGUGCUUACACUGGAAGUGAGGAAACCAGGCACAUUUGAUGGUGGUGUCUACACAUGCAAAGCAGUCAAUGUGCAUGGGGAGGCAGAAACUGAAUGCCGGCUGGAGGUGCGAGUUCCUCAGUAACAGUCCCACCGGAUGAUUUCGGUCGACUGAAACUGAACAGAGGAGACAGAGGAGACGCAAACUGUACAGAUGAAGCAAGUUCAAACUAGAUAUAUUUCAAAGAAAACCACAGACACAAACAAUAUCUCUGGAUUGACGGAUUAACAAAGUGCUCUGUGCAUGUCCGCUGUGAUCCUUGCCUUCAUCUGACGCGGCAGAAGCUAUAUCGGUGUGGAUAUUAUUUUUCGCAGUAUCGGCAGGAGGGGAUCAAAUACAGUAUCUGAUCUCGGGGGGGGGGGGUGGAUAAGGGCGUUGCCUGUAUAAUAUAUAGAAUAUGAGAUGUAUAAGUGAUAAGAUGACUUUGGAAGGUGAAAAGAAAUAAAAUUUCAGCAUGCAGAGUA